AUGAGAGAAAAAGCAGCACAAUCAGGACAACAAUACAUACAGAAUUUACAUCAAAAAUUGAUCAGAACAUUAGAUCUUAGAUGGCAAUUAGAUAAAUUAGAGAAGAGAUUUGUAGAAAAUAUGCCACCACCAUCUCUAAAUGUAUUCGAUAAACUACAAUUGCAUGCAACAGGACUAAAGCCAGAUGAUAACUAUUUGAGUUCACUACGUGAACAAUGGAAAAAUAUACUACGAAAAACAAAAUUAGAUUUAACUACGUCGAUGAGACAAGCUAAAAUUGCUGAGUUAGAACAAGCAAACAAAGAAUAUGAAGAACUAAUGAAAAAACUUUCAGAUAAUUGUCGUCAAUCAUAUGAUGUCAUGUGUCAUGUACCACCAUCAAGACAUACUCAAUUUACAAAGAAGAAGCUGAAUUUUUAG